AUGGCAGUUUUAGUUUUGGGUGCUUGGACAGCAUACAGCAUUAUUUGUGUUGUUUUAUUUGUAUUUAGUAUCGUAUUCACAAAAUAUUAUCAAGAUAAACAUGAUAGUGAACGACUUGCAACAACAGUAGCAAUUUGUUCCUUGGCUCUAUGUUUAAGUACAGUUGCUUUGUUCCCUGUAGACAUAUUUUUAGUCUCAAGUACUGUUGAUUUGAGUACAGGACUAAAACACGAAUGGGCUACCAAAGAUGUUGUAGAAGGAAUUGUCCAUAAUCUUAAAUUCGUAUAUUAUGGAACAUAUGGAUUGAUUGCAAUUUUCUGUGCAUUUAUUAUUCCAUUCGCAUAUUUUUAUUUUGAAGAGCUUGAAGAAGAUCAAACAAAUUCGCAGCGCACCAUAGCCGCUCUGAAGUAUACUGCAUUCUUCAUGGCAUUUAUAUGCAUUUGUUUAUUGUUUGGAUUAAUUUUACAACCAUCGGAGAAAGUGCCACUCGAUUUAGAAUUUUUCAAGAAAUUAUUAACCUCAAGUCUUGGGGAGAAUAGUAUUUCAUUUGUCAUAUCUAUUCUUAUGCUUCUCGGGAUGAUCGUAUUUAUUUGUUAUACUGCCCCAGGACUUUUUCUUCUACCUAUUGGAAUGAUUAAAGGUACAAAUAAAAUAAACUCAGAAUCUAGCUUAAAGCUGCAUUCUUCACUUACUUUAAAUCGUGAAAAACAAAGAAUUCUUAAAGCAAAAUAUUCGGGUCCUAACAAUUUGAUGUCAAAGAAAGAUGCAAAUCAGUUGAACAUUUUGAGGAAAGAAGAAAAGAUUUUGCUUCGUCGAUUAAGAUUAGCUACCGAGUCAAAUGGAUUUUGGAAAAAGAUUAUGUAUAUCCUUAGGCCAUUCGAAUUCAUAAUUGGCUCUGUUUUGACUAUAUUGACCGUUGUAAUACUCAUUUCAAUAUUCUUGACCUGUAUUGAUAAGGUCAAGAAUUCAAUUUGUGGAAGAAGUUGUGGAUAUAUUAUUAAUCAUCCAGAUAUCUUUAAUCCUCUUAAUUAUAUAUUCCUCAAAGCAUCUAAUUAUUUCCCUAUUGAUUAUUUCUUCAUGGUACUCCUUAUCCUGUACUUUUUCAGUAGCACUGUAUAUGGGGUUAUUUCAAUUGGAAUUCGUUUCUUAUGGGUGCACCUUUAUAAAUUCCGUAAGAAUUCUACACCUCCUCAAGGAUUAUUAUUUGGUUCUAUUUUGUUCAUGCUAAGUCUAUUGGCUCUUAAUUACACUUUGACAAUGGUUGUUACUCCUCAAUAUGCUCAAUUUGGGAGUCAAUGUAAUCAUACAGUAAAUGAGAUUCGUAACUGUUCCGAUUAUCCCCAAUUAAUUAUACCAUGUGAUGUUACAGCACCAGCAGAUAUCUGUACUCCAACUGUAAUAUCAACAUUUAUCCAUCGUAUAACAGUCAAUACACCAUUUUUCGGAGUAAUAUUUUACUAUGCACAUUGGGCAUUUUUGGGGGUUACAUUACUUGGAUUUAUGUAUGCUAUGAUUAAAUCACCUAGUGAUAUAUUAUAUGAUGAUUUGGAUGAUGAAAUGGACGAAGAGGAGGAAAGAUUGUUGACUAAUAAUGAAAUAAGAGCCUGA